AUGACAGAAUUUACUAUGGAAGAUGUUGCUGCCCAUAAGACCAGAAACGACUUGUGGGUUGCCAUCCAUGGAAAAGUGUACGACAUUACCAAGUAUGUGCAAGACCACCCAGGUGGAGCAGAUGUUCUGAUCGAUGUGGCUGGGCAAGACGCAACUGCCGCAUACGAAGAUGUUGGGCACUCUGAGGAUGCGAACGAGAUCUUGGAAACAUACUUUCUCGGCACUGUGAAGGAUGCUGUCGACUACAAGCGCCCGUCUGCUGUGCGUCUGAUCCAACAGACACCUACUAAGGAGGUCGACACCACACGGCCAAACGCUACUCGUACGCUUGCAGUCGCGGCCGGUUCCCUCGGUGGAAUUGUUUCGCUCUACGCUGCGUCCACUUCCGCCAGAAGCCACAUCAACCUACAGGAUCUCCUGAAUACGCUUCCUCGGCUUUCGCAGCUUACGUCAAACAAGAUUGCCGUCCCCCACUUGCAACAGGGAGGGUUUGUCAAUGGAUUCGCCGUGGCGGCUAUGCUCUCUGCUGUAGCUGCCACCGUGAUUGCAUCCGGACUCUCCAAAUUCACGCAGAUUGAUUCUGGCUUCACCAGAUAUCCGCCAAGAAUCCACCCCACCACAGUCGCCAAGGAAAACCCCCAUCUAACUCCAGGAUUCCUUCACCCGAAAGAAUACAAGUCUCUGCCCUUGGUCAACAAGGUCCUCUUGGCCCCGAACGUCUAUCGCUUUGUGUUUGAACUCCCGAAUAGCACGGAUGUGAUAGGGCUUCCCAUCGGCCAGCACGUUGCCAUCAAGGCAACCAUUGAUGGACAAUCCGUCUCUCGGUCCUACACCCCCACUUCCAACAACCUGGAUCGUGGAAGACUGGAAUUAGUGAUUAAGUGCUAUCCCGACGGCCUGCUCACCGGCCGAUACCUUGCCAACUUGAAAGCUGGUGACAAAGUACAGUUUCGUGGCCCAAAGGGUGCUAUGCGCUACAGGAAAGGCAUCUGCAAGAAAAUUGGGAUGAUUGCUGGUGGGACUGGCAUUACUCCUAUGUACCAGCUUAUUCGUGCUAUCUGCGAAGAUGACACCGAUACUACCGAGAUCAGCCUUAUUUACGCUAACCGUGCAGAGGAGGAUAUCCUGUUGAAGCAGGAACUCCAGGCUUUCGCUGCCAGUUAUCCGCAGAACUUGAAGAUUUGGUAUAUGUUGGACAACCCGCCCCAGAAAUGGGCUUAUGGGAAGGGCUAUGUCACAGCCGCUGUAAUGCGUGAAAAACUCCCGGGUCCCUCCCCAGACACAAAGGUUAUGCUUUGUGGCCCACCGGGCAUGAUCAAUGCCUCGAAGAAGGCUCUGGUGGGCUUGGGCUUUCAGGCCCCUGGUGCAGUCUCUAAGAUGAGUGAUCAGAUAUUCUGCUUCUAG